GCAUAUCCCUUUGUUGCAAAGAAAAAUUGCAGACUUUUUAUUACAGGGAGACAGCAACAAUAAUGCAGGAACAGCAACAGAUGUCCUACUUACUCCAACAACUUCAAGAUGAAUCCUACCGACUCCAGAAAAAUCAAAACCAUCCAGAUGGAAGAAACCAACGACUGAAUGGAGAAAAAAAGAAAAGAACAAAAUUAAGAGGAAUUUGGGUCACACUUACAAGAAUCACAAGGGAAUUAAGGUAGAGGCUAGAGAGUUAGGACCACCAUAGAAAAGGAAUUCGACAUAUUUAAGUCAUUUUGGGACUUUAUAUUCUUGUAUGAAAACAAUUCCUAAAAAGCGGUCAUAUCCAAAGAAAACAAAAAAAACUGGUUUCUUCCAGAAACAUUUCAAUAGAGUAUUUUGUAAAAUUGAACGGAGAAAAUGUUAAACUAUGCACAACA